AUGGCGCCCAGGGCCCGCAACCUGCGGCGGAAAGAACUGGCCGGAGGCCCAGCGACGCUGGAGGCGGAGGGCGCCCAGGACCCCGGGCCGAGCCUCCGGAUGGAGCGGGCCAGAGAGGGCAUGCGGAGCCCUCCGUCUGGCAUGGCCAGCGUGCGGGUGCGGGAGCUGAGCUGGCCGGGCCUGCACAACCCCUGCCCGCAGAGCACGGCCCUCAGGGAGCAACUGAUGGAGGGGUGCCUGUCCCCCAUCAGGCUGCAGGCGCUAGCCCAGGUGGAUGACCUGCGCACCGUCCACACCCUGGAGAUGUGUGUGGACACCCACAGGAACAGCCUGGGGAACUUCGGGGUACACCUGCCCAACCUGAGCCAACUGAAGCUGAAUGGCAGCCGCCUGGCCUCCGUGAGGGACCUGGGCACGUCCCUGGGUCGCCUGCAGGUGCUCUGGCUAGCUCGCUGUGGCCUGCCUGACCUGGACGGCAUAAGCUCCUUCCCAGCCCUGAAGGAACUCUAUGUCUCUUUCAACAACGUCUCAGACCUGAGCCCGCUGUGCCUGCUCCAGCAGCUGGAGGUGCUGGACCUGGAGGGCAACAGCGUGGAGGACCUGGGCCAGGUGCGCUACCUGCAGCUGUGUCCCCAGCUGGCCACACUCACCCUGCAGGGCAACCUGGUGUGCCUGCGGCCAGACCCUGGCCCCUCCAACAAGGCUCCCCGAGGCUACAACUACCGGGCAGAGGUGUGCAGACUCAUCCCGCAGCUGCAGGUCCUGGACGAGGCCCCGGCCGCACAGACCGGCCUGCCAGCCACCCGGACACUGACAGAGGACUGGCUCAUGGUGAAAGAGGCCAUCAGGGAGGGUGGCAUGCUGGACGGCCUGCUGCCCGGGCUGGACCGUCCUCAUGGGGCCCCUAGGCAACGACAGAGCACCAAAUUGUCUGUGCCUGAGGCUCAGCCCCGGACCCCCAGCCCGUGGCCCCUGUCCCUCCUGAUUCCUGGGGGUCCCCUGCUGGAAAGCUUGCACCCUGAAGAUCCAGCCCCAGAGGACAAUGUCAGCAACCUCACCCACGGUGUCAGCCAUGUCCUCUGCGGGAACCCCACCAAAGGCCUUUGGGAACGCAGACACCACUGUCAGACCUGGGUGCCCCCAGAACAGCUGUCCCUGCCCCGCCACCAGCUGGGGGACCUUGCAGCCCACGCCUCUGCCUCACGGCUGGACCCUGCAGACAGCCCUGACCUCCUGUCCAAGCUCCUGACCUGGAGGGAGCUAUCCCAACGGCAUCGGGAGCCCUCAGAGGAAGGGACAGGAGCCCUGCAGGGUCCUCGGAGGUACCCUACAGAGCAGCAGGAGGAGGCCAGGCCCCAGGCCGCCAAGGGGCCUCUGGGCCCAGCCCCAGAGCACUCAGCAGGCCCCGCCCGCGAGCUGAUGCCUUCUCCCCCCAAGAACCGGGCACCACCGGGUCCUGGCUCUGGCUCCUGGGGGUCAUCUAAGAAGCCCUUCAGGGGGCGCCGACUCAGGGGCCUGGGGCCAGAGCUGGCAGCUGGGACUGCCCUGAAAGGCCAGGACGUGGCCUCAGGCCAGAGCCUGAGAGCCCAGGAAUGCCCCACCCCACAGCCCCUCUUGGACGCGGCCCCCAGACACCAAGCCAGUUUCCAGUGCUUCCAGGCCCUCGGCCCCAUCAUUCCAGCCCACCCCCACCCCUAG